AUGGCUAACCGAUGCUGCUGCAUACAACCUUUUCCUCUCUUCACUUCCACAUCACACUACACUACAACCGCGACCGCGCAACACAACACGCAAAUUUCAACCAUAAUGUCGGAAGAAGAGAGAGACCUUCUGGAUCGUAUUGGCGCUCUUGCUGGCCAAAUAAAUCGCCACAAGAACCAGCAAGCUGGAUUUCAGCCGUCGCAGAGCUCGCAUGGCUAUUCCCAACACAACACCCGUUUUCGUGGCUCCACGUAUCGCGGCCGAGGAUAUCGCGUCGGCCGCCCGCAUGCGGUCCAUCGCCACCGCACGUUGAACCUGAAUGCGCAAGCGAGCUCGUCAGAAUCGACGCCUUCGACACCCGUCAGCUCUACAGACAACGCGCACUGGGUUUCAAGGACGGACCGGCAUAAGCAGCUCAUCAACGCCAACAUUUACCAAAACGAACGAACGCGAUUCAACCAGUUUCUCCAGCACAACCAUGGCAGUUUCAGUCAAAACCAAGAGCAAGCCGAGAUAAGCAUAGCAAACAUCCGGUUUUUGGUCAGAGACGGCGGCAAGAAGCUCGUGCGUGCUGCAGAUAACUCAAGCGAUGCCCCUUCGACACCGAAAAGUACGGUCGUUGCCGGUGUUCGGUUUCACCGCACAAAGACUGGCAACCUGGUCGCCAACCGGGUUGUCAAAGAUCACCGACGCUCCGGAGCCGUCAAGAAAGUUGACGAGCUUUGCAAGAUUUUUUCUACGACUGGAUCCUGUACCAAAGGGCCUUCGUGCCGAUACCAGCAUGACCCAGACAAGGUUGCCAUCUGUAAAGACUUUUUGAAGGAGGGUCGGUGCAUCAACGGCGACAAUUGCGAUCUCACCCAUGAGCUCACGCCAGAGCGAGUGCCAAACUGUUUGCAUUUCGCCAAGGGCAACUGUUCCAACCCCAACUGCCAGUAUUCGCACUCGGCAGCCCUACCCAGCGCACCGGUUUGCGAAGAUUUUGGAUACCGGGGCUACUGCAGUAAGGGCGCCGAGUGCACGGAACGACACGUAUUCGAAUGCCCUGCCUUCAGCAACACGGGCACCUGUAAGACCAAAGGCUGUAAACUUCUGCAUCGCGAAAGAGCAAGCGUCCUUCGCAACCAAGUGCGACAAGAGCAAGACGAUACUAUGGAGGACAUUUCGAGCGACGGGGAGCCUGCUGACUCGGACGACGUUGAUUCGGAUGAAGUCGCAGAGUUUCUCGGAGCCGAUGAGGACGACUCUGACUUUGAAAACAGCAAGGAUUUCAUCCCGUUGUAG